AUGGUGGUUAGCAAAGAGGAUUACGACGAUAUCCAAGGAGAUAUCUGGCCUGGUUUGUCGAAGCAAUACGAAGAGUUCUACUUUUUCACCAUCGAGGAUGCCGAACUCUUCAGGCCCGUGCUGCAAAAACUUGCGGAUGAAGUUAUCACCAGCGCCACCCAUGCCAUGGCUGCUCGCUAUGAGAUUCAGAUGGUCAAGAACGCAGAAGCCGGAAAGAAAGCUCAAGAACAGCCGAAGAAAAACACUAAUACUCGGGGCUCAGGAGGGGGUGGACUCUUUGGCCUCGUAAACGAUGCCUUCGAUACCGCGGGCUCCGUGGCGAAAGGCGGGAUCGAUCUUGCAGGUAAUGUGGCAAACGCUGCAGUGGACAUCACCAUUGGCGUAGCCAGGUUCCCAUUCGAUGUAAUCGCAAGUCUUGUCCCGAAAGAUCCGAAGGAUAUCCCGAGGUGCAAAGGCGACAAGACCAAACUGUGGAACCCGACCGAAGAUUUCAAUGAUGACAUAUACUUCAAGGGCAUGGAACAGGACUUGAUCGGUGAAGGCAGAGAUCAAGCGAAACACUGGGAGAAAGAAUUCCUCAAGACUGCCUCAGCUCCUAGCAAGACCGAUGGCAUGGUGAUAGUGUGUGGUACCAAAGAAGAAGUCCAAGAAAAAUUGGCCGAUCUGAAACAUAACUACCUGGGCGAGAAUCAAGGAUGUCGUUACGUCACGAGCUGGAAAGGCCAAGAAAGGCCAGAUAAGCUGAGGGGCCAUGAGCACUUUGGUUAUUUGGACGGCAUUUCACAGCCACUCCUGGCAGGCUUCGAUGAUGACCUUCUCAAGGCAGAAGGAGCUCGCAAAUACGCCACUCGUCCCGGUAUCAUCAUUUUUGGACACGACGGGGAGGGAGACAAUGAACCUGGAAUGCAGCACCCGACUUGGGCCAAAAAUGGAAGUUACCAGGUGGUUCGAAAGCUCAAACAGCUCGUGCCAGAGUGGAACACCUACGUGGAAGAGGAGGGCGCGAAACACGGCUUCACUCCGGGCCAGUUCGGUGCUCGGUUAAUGGGACGCUGGAAAAGCGGGGCACCUGUUGAGCUUCAUCCCUGGGAGGACCACCCGGAGCAUGCGAGGUUCAACGACUUUGACUAUGACCCAAAGAGUGGGGCCAACUGCCCAUUUGGAUCGCACAUGCGCAAGACCAAACCUCGAGCAGAUGUGAAAAACAAGGACAAGUUCGACAUUAUGCGUCGUGGUCUCCCCUACGGACCGGAGCAUGAUCCCGCAACCGAGCCUACGACUACACAAGAUCGUGGUCUUGUAUUUGUUUGUUACCAAACGACCCUACAAAACGGCUUCUCGUUCCUCAAAAACAAGUGGUGCAACGCGGACAACUUUCCAACAAAGAAAGAAAAGUACAUUGGAGGCCUUCUUCCAGGACAAGAUGCCGUAAUUGGCCAGUCGCUUCCAUCUACUAAGCAAGCUGACGACGCGGUAUUGACCUUGACCAUCACUGAUAAACAAGGAGAGCACAAGACUCUUCAAUUCCCGUCCUUCGUCGAGGCACAAGGUGGCGAUUACUUUUUCACCCCAUCGUUGACGCUUCUUCGUACUAUAUCUGGCGCUGCCCCUAAUUAG